AUGGCUUUUCUCUGGUUCCUGUCCUGCCUGUCCUUGGUCAGCGCUGCCUACGGCUGCGGCAGGCCCGCCAUCAAGCCGGUGGUGUCCGGCCACGGCCGCGUCAUCAACGGCGAGGAGGCCGUGCCGCACUCCUGGCCCUGGCAGGUCUCCCUGCAGCAGAACGGGGGGCAUUUCUGUGGCGGGUCUCUGCUCAGCGAGUACUGGGUGGUGACCGCCGCUCACUGCAAUGUCAAGACGUCCCACAGCGUGGUGGUCGGGGAGCACGACCUCCGGGCCAACGCCGAAGCCGUCCAGGUCCUGAAGCCGGCCAAGGUGUUCACCCACUCCAUGUGGAACCCGAGUACCGUCAAGAACGACAUCAAGCUGAUCAAGCUGGCCACGCCCGCCACCCUCAGCGCCAAGGUUUCGCCCGUGUGCCUGGCCUCGUACGAGGACAACUUCGCCGCCGGCGCGACCUGCGUGACGUCCGGCUGGGGCAUGAGCCGCUAUGAGCCCGCCAGCUACCCCGACAGGCUGCAGCAGGGCGCCGUGCCCCUGCUGUCCCACGCCGAGUGCAAGGCGUACUGGGGCAACAGCGUCCUGGACAUGAACAUCUGCGCGGGGGCUAACGGCGUGUCCUCGUGCAUGGGCGACUCCGGCGGACCGCUGGUCUGCCAGAAGGAGGGCGCGUGGAGCCUGGUCGGCGUCGUGUCCUGGGGCAGCAGCGGCUGCUCCACCUCCGUCCCGGCUGUGUACACCCGCGUGGCCGAGGUCCGCGUCUGGCUGGACAUGACCAUGAUGCUCAACUGAGAGGGCGGUGUUUUGCACUGCGCCGUUCUGUGUGCACGUCGGUGGUACAGUGCGUGUACUGUCUAAUGUUCAGUGUCAACGCGC